AUGUCACAUAAACCGAAAGACCCUCUUGACCAGCUGCAAUACAUGCUGAACGAUGUCAUCAUACAGAUUGGCAAGGCCCUCAAGGCAUCGACCAAGCAACCGAAUCGACAAAACGUCUCUCAGAUCCAUGCAUCGCUUCAGACUCGUAUGCCAGAAACCAUUGAGAAUUUCCACUGGGCGCUCAAUGAUCUAGAAAGUGAAGUCAUGAGAGCGAAAGGGGCUUUGCAAAGAGAUUUGGACCGUCUUCAACAACGCCGCGCGCCACAGCCAGAAGAGGCAAUCAAGGCUUCGCCUGCGCCCAUGAUCGCAUCACCAGCCUCGGUCACCCUGGUUGUUGCCAGCCCUGAACUUGCCCAAAAACCACCGCCCUCCCCCCCGCUCAAGGAGGAACCUACCCGAUCUGCUCCGUUUUCUGCUGCGCAAGAAAGUCCCGCCCCACCGCCGAUGGCGCCGAUGGCGCCCAUACCUGACAUGGGCGGCAAUGACAGCAUGCCGACUCCCGUACAGCCGAAAGCGGACAUCAAGCGCGAACCAACGCCGUCGGUGCCACAGGCCAUGAUGGCCCCGAUGGAUAGCAUCCCUGUCAAAUCAGAAGAGACUCCAGCAAUGUCAUCUGUCGCUCCGGAUCCUUCCAUGUCGACGGCACCCGAGGCGCCGAUGGAUGACCUCUUUGACCUUAGCGGCGGAGAGAACGAAGGCGGCAGGGGCAACGGAUCCGAGUUCGACUUUACAGACAUCACGUUCGGUCUCGAUCCAUCUGUGGACUCGCAGAGCCAACCAACGGCGGACGUGGCGCCGCAGCCCGACAUGGGUACGACGUCUGGUCUGCCCGCAACGGCCGAAAUGUCCACCCUGGAUGGCCUGCUACCAGUUGCAGCUCCUGUGCAGUCAGCGGCCACUACCGCCAGCACGGCCGUGACAACUACAGAACCGCCAAAAAUUGAAGGCGACCGGAAGGCGGGCGACCCGCAGUCGACGGCUGCCGUGGACAACGACAUAUUCGAUCUGGAUGGCAUUGGUGGCAACAUGGACCUUGAUAUGAACCUUGGCAAUAAUGGGGACGGCAGCAGCUUCGACGAUAUGUUUUAUGGCGGCGACAACAACAUGGACGAUGUGCAGUUCGACGAUGCUUUCUUUGGUUUAUCGAAUUAG